CAAGCCUCAAAAUCUGAAGUAGUGUUUAGUUCUAGAAAUUGCAAACUAAGGAGAAACCUUAACAAACACUUAAAAACAGAAAAUCAAGAAGAAGAUGUCUAUAGCAAUUGCUUCAUCUCAACAAAGCUUCUUCACCAACUCACUCACUCCACUCAUCCAUAACCAUAAGCCCAACUCGAAGCUUAUUACAGUCUCCUCAACUGCUAUCUCAUGCAACCACUCACCCAAUGAUUCUGGCAGGGUUAAAAAAGAGAACAAAUUGGCAAAAUUGGCAAUGGUGGCACUAGCAGCUGGAGUUGUGACACUUGGUUCAGUGGGUGAUGCAUCAGCAGGCAAGUCUGGGGGUAGAGUUGGUGGUCAAGCUUUUAGGUCAUCAGCUCCUAGGUCAUCCCCUAGGAUUAAUAAUAACUCAAGGACGAACAUAUACAUCAACCCACGAACAGCGCCACCAUUAGUUGGUGGAUAUGGGUAUGGUUACGGUUCGCCAUUCUACGGUGGUUGGGGUUGGUCACCGUUUUCUUUCUUUGCACCGGGUCCUGGUGUUGUUGUUGGUGCGGGAGGUGGAUUCGACACCUUGGUCCUAUUCAUGUUUCUCGGGGCUGCAGCCGCGGUGGUCAGAAGAUUCUUUGGAUCAAGAGAUGAAGAUGAGUAGAUAAAUGUAACUUAAAAUAGAGAUGUAAACUAUUUUUGAGGCAGCACAAUACGUUUAAAGAUGGCUGUUAGUGUAAUUCAGAAAUGUAAUGUAACAUACUCACAUACAUUGUAAUGUAAUUAUGUUAUUAUGUCAAAUAAUCAAUUAAAUCAAAAGUUCAAUC